CUGGCUACACGCGGAAGUUACCUCAUGCACCUGUUACACAUUCGAUCGGAAAAGACAACAAAUUAACACAUUUUCACUGUACAACGACACCUCGUUUUUAUCUUGAGAUAUUUGUUUUAUGUUGAGUUUUUAAUAUACCUCGCCAGUUUCGGCAUUAAUGGACAAAUUAAAGAAAGUUUUGAGUGGACAUGAUGGCAACGACGAUCUGAACGUACUCCAGGGAGCGAAUGAAGCGUCGACGCUGGGAUGGGGCACGCGCGCGAAGGGGUUCGUCGCGUGCUUUGUGGCGGGCGUCCUGUGUUCAGUAUUGGGGACGUGUCUGCUGUGGGUUCCUAGAAAUGGACUGACGCUGUUUGCAGUCUUCUACAGUUUGGGUAAUGUUGCUACACUUUUAAGCACAAUGUUCUUAAUGGGUCCAUUAAAGCAAGUGAAGAGGAUGUGUGACAAGACCAGAGCUCUGGCAACUGCCAUCAUGAUUGCAUGCUUGAUUCUGACCCUCUGUGCUGCAUUUUGGUGGAAGAACAAAGGUCUUGCUCUGCUGUUCUGUAUCCUACAAUUUUUGGCUUUUACAUGGUAUAGCUUGUCCUACAUUCCAUUCGCAAGGGAUGCAAUUAUUAAGUUGUUUUCGGUGUGCUUGAAGUGAGAUGCUCUGCGCUUGGCCUCCGCUGUAUCCAUCUGUGCCGCUUCAGCUCCAACACUGCAUUCAAUGCAACUCACGUACUCUAGAACCUGGCUGGCACAUACUGCACGUGCUGCCCUGCCUCUCCGUCAGCACACAAACACUCUCAAUCUGUGUGAUCUAACACACACACACACAAACACCUGUGCCUUACUCUCCUGUAGAAAACUAUGAAGGACAGGACAUAGGUAAUGGUGGAGGUUAGAUCUUUGCCCCGUAGCUAUAGACACACAGUUAUGCAAAAUUUUUAAUUGUGUGUUGACUCCUUGUGCCUUUCUAGCUUCAUCCAGGGAUUUCUUAAGUAUUGAGAUUGGGGGUUUUGCUGUGAAAUAUACGUAGUAAUGAUUAUUUAUGCUACUAAAUGUUUAGUAUAUAAUUGUGGUCCAUUUGUAUUUUAGUAUUCUUAAAUUUAGUGAGAAAUUACAUUUACAUUUAGUCAUUUAGCAGACGCUUUUAUCCAAAGCGACUUACAAAUGAGGUAAACAAGCAAUUGGAACAACACAAGGACAACAAAAAAUUAGCUAUUACACAACGAUUUCUGUUAUCCUGUUACUUGUGUAGUGAUUCUGGCUAUAAUAUCUUACUAGAUUAGAAUGACAAGUCUGAUAUGAAAAACUCAGUAGGGUGCCAUAGUAUAUUUCAAAGGUUCUUUUUUUAAUCCUAAAACUUUCAGAUUGCUUUGUGUUUGCUGUUAAAAUCCAUGUUGCUCAUUUUAUUUUAUAUCAUCUUUAAUCCUGAUAUUUUCAAAAUAAUGAAUGCACGGUCAAACAUUUACGUAUUAACUGGAUUGAUUUCUCUCAGUGAUUCGACUGAAGAGACUUACAUACUGUUAUGAAGAUGGAUAUAUACGAUGUAUAUGGCAAUAAUUCAAUAAACUAGUUUUACUAUUUAAAUUGGCUCAGA